UAUCUAAUCCCCCCUCUCACCACCACCCAUCCCCUCUCCUCCCUCAAAGCCGCAAAAAUGCCCGCCAACACCCCAACAAAACAGCGUAAAAUCGCCAUUGUCGGCUCCCGCUCCGUCGGUAAAUCCUCGCUCGCGGUCCGCUACGUAGACGGGCACUUCGUCGAGUCGUACUACCCCACCAUCGAAAACACCUUUAGCAAAGAGAUUCGGUACAAGGGGCAGGACUAUUCGACGGAAAUUGUCGACACUGCGGGCCAGGAUGAGUACAGCAUCCUGAACAGCAAGCACUUUAUUGGGAUUCACGGGUACAUGUUGGUGUACUCGGUCAGCAGCCUGCCGAGCUUUGAGAUGGUGCAGGUGAUUAGGGAUAAGAUUUUGAACCAUUUGGUGAGUUGCGCGAGCGUUAGUGAGGGCUAUACCAUCGCUUUCUGCGAGAAUUGGAGGCGACAGGUCACGCCGGAAGAGGGGAAGGCGCUUUGCGAAAAGUUCAAGUGUGCGUGGACCGAGGCGAGCGCGAGGUAUGAUGAGAAUGUGGCCAAGGCGUUUGAGCUGUUGAUUGGGCAGAUUGAGAAGACGCAGAAUCCUGGGGAGGAGGUGGGGGGGAGUAAGUGUGUUUUGAUGUGA